AUGUGCUCAUUGAAAGAAAACUCGGAGAAUCCAGCUAAGAAAACUCGUUCAUCUUACGAUAUCACUGAUUUCUACAACAAUGAAGGAUUUUGCGGCUUGAAGUGGGAUAAAGCCAACAAGUCAACGGAAUUUGUGGUUCCAUCCAUACAGAACUCAUUAGAGGAGCAUCUUGGUUUUGUGUUGCAAAAGUCCAAUGUUCUAUGUCUGAAGCUGGUUGAUCUCAACGCUGAGGAUAUGGAAGUAGUUACAAGUGUCUUGCAUAGUUCUAAGGCACGAGUGAGUCAUAUGCAACUGGUUCUAGAUAGGGCAUGGUCUGUGACAAUAAGAACAUCGAAGGAGGAGUCUGCGGAUGUGUUCGACAUCACUGACGAGGAUCUCCUGUCAUUAGGCGCCGAUUCCAUAGAAUUUUUCGGAUUGACUAAGAUUACCGCGCGUGGAGCCAGGAAACUCAUUCAGGAGUGGCUGGCAGGCAAAAGAAAAAUAUCGUUGGUUUAUUUCCGGCAUAUAGAAGAAUUUGAUCCAGGAGUGCUGUUGCGCAAAAUUCCGCACAAGGGCAACGUCCCGCCUGUGGUCAUAACUCGUGCCGACGGAGAAGAGCUUCGUCUGACAUGGGAUGCGGUAAAAUUUCGUUGCUUUGCUGACGAAGCUGACGACGAGGGCGAUGAUGAGUUUCCUGAAGAUUUGUGA